AAAAAGCACCAGGACUUCACGCAUAAGCUAUACAAACAACAUUUUACAGCUGCUGUAGAAUUAAUAAACCAAAUCCAAAUGCAACCCUCUUCCUUCUUUCUUCUCUUGUUUUGUUUUCUGUUGCUAUUCUCAGCUUCAUUAAUCUCCUCUAUCCCCCCACCACAAUCACCUUCCUUAGCUUGCAAAUCUACUCUCUACCCCAAGCUCUGCCAUUCGAUCUUAUCAAAUUUUGGCUCGUCACCCUCAAAUCCCUAUGAUUAUGGGAAGUUCUCAGUGAAACAAUGCCUAAAACAAGCACAAAGAUUAUCCAAAGUGAUCAAUCACUACUUGACCCACGAUAAGGAACUCUCAGAAUUGAGCCACGAGGAGACUGCUGCAUUAGCAGAUUGCCGGGAGUUGACGGAGCUGAGUGUGGACUACUUGGAGACCUUAUCGUCAGAACUGAAGUGGCCGGAGUUAAUGAAGGAUGAGAUGGUAGAGAGAGUGAAAAGUUUACUGAGUGGAAUAGUGACGAAUCAAGAGACUUGUUUUGACGGAUUGGUGGAAUCUAAGAGUAGAAUUGUGAGUUCAUUGUCCAGUCCUCUUUCAAAUGUAACGGAGUUGUAUAGUGUUUCUCUUGGGCUUGUCACGCAUGCACUGAAGAAAUACAAGAAGAAUAAAAAGGGUGGUCAUGAACAAAGAGCUUUCUCAAACAACGGACUCCAUGAACCGCUUGAAGCUCUCAUCCAGGCUUUACGUAAAACUAAAAGCUCCAGUGGAGGACGCCAACUUGCUGAUUUACAGGGUAAUGGCAUUCUCAUAAACGGCACAGUAUUUGUCAGCCCUGAUGGUGUGGAGGGCAUCACAUCUAUUGGAGACGCCAUAGCUAUUGCUCCAAAUAAAUUAAAGCCUGAAGAUGGGUAUUUUAUAAUCUAUGCAAGAGAAGGAUGCUACGAAGAGUAUGUGGUUGUGCCCAAACAUAAGAAGAACAUAUUGCUGAUAGGAGAUGGAAUUAAUCGAACUAUCAUCACAGGAAACCACAGUGUGGUGGCUGGCUGGACAACUUUCAACUCCUCAACGUUUGGUAAAAUUAAUCCAUUAUCCAUCUCUAAUACAACUCGUUCCCUUACUGCAUUUAUGUUUAAUUCUGUGUUUGGAUCUUGCUACUCAGCUGUUUCUGGGGAGCGAUUUAUUGCUGUAGACAUCACAUUCAGGAAUACAGCUGGUCCAGAAAUGCACCAAGCAGUAGCAGUAAGGAAUAAUGCAGAUUUGUCUACUUUUUAUCGCUGCAGUUUCGAAGGGUAUCAAGAUACUCUUUAUGUCCACUCCUUGAGGCAAUUCUACAGGGAAUGCGACAUAUAUGGAACUGUAGAUUUCAUUUUUGGCAAUUCAGCUGCAGUCUUCCAGAGCUGCAAUUUGUUCGCUCGCAAACCAUUGCCUAACCAGAAGAAUUCCUUGACAGCACAAGGCCGCACUGAUCCUAAUCAAAAUACAGGCAUCUCCAUACACAAUUGCACCAUUGAAGCUGCACCAGAUUUGUCAAUGGACUUGAACUCAACCUUAAAUUAUUUGGGUCGACCUUGGAAGAAUUACUCGAGAACUGUUUACAUGCAAUCAUACAUCGGCAAUCUAAUUGAUCCUGUUGGAUGGCUAGAAUGGAAUGGGACUAUUGGAUUAGACACUCUUUAUUAUGGAGAGUUUAAUAAUUAUGGACCAGGAGCUAAUACAAGUAUGCGAGUGAAGUGGGCAGGUUAUAAUUUGAUGAAUGUUUCACAAGCUCUUAAUUUUACAGUUUAUAAUUUCACCAUGGGAUAUACUUGGUUGCCUGAUACUGACAUACCAUUUUCUGGAGGCUUACUUUAUUAAUUCUUAUUUAAACUUGAUAAAGAUUUAUUUUCAAAUUUGUAUUCGUGAUUUUGCA